AUGCUGCACUUCGCAAGGAGGACCGGGCUGUCAGCAGCGCUCAUCUUCAUUGACCUGUCUGCCGCGUACUAUGCGGUGAUCAGGGAGACGCUGUUUGGCAAGGAUCUUUCCUCGCGCCCGGUGCACGAAAUAGCGGAGGCGCUGGGUCUUGACCGGGAUGAUCUCCAAGCACUCACGCAUUUGAUAGAAAAUGAGGCCAUACUUCAGCAGCAGGAUGCCCCCGUGCUUAUGCGCGAGCUUGCCCAGGAGUUCCAUCAACAGACAUGGUUCGUGCUGCACGGCGAUACGCAUUUGAUUUCAACAUUCCGUGGCACCCGCCCGGGUGGAACACUUGCAGACAUCAUGUUUAAUCUGUUGUUUGGGCAGGCGCUGCGCAGACGAAAGUCCAGUUCCCUCCGCUCUGCAGUUCCCUCUGUGCCCUGGGGCGGUCAUCGCUCCCCUUUUCCCCGACAUCUUGAGGGAAGCUCCUCAGCGAAAGACAUUCCUGACAUCGUGUACGCAGACGACCUCUGCAUCCCGGUCGUCUGUGAUAAGGCAUCCAAUCUCAGGAGCGUGGUCUCUGCAGUUGCGGCAGACACGUUCGACACACUCACCCCGCAUGCCCUCCGCGUCAACUUAGGCCCCACUAAGACAGCCGCGAUCAUGGCUCAUACUGGGGUGGGGUCACGUGCGGCCAGACACGAGUCCUUCGGAGUGCUGAAGGGUCGAGCACCGAUUCUGCCUGAGGGAAAAGGCCUCAUGUGGUUGGACUUGGUAGCUCGAUAUCGUCACCUCGGGGCGGUUGUGGCCUACGACGGCUCUUUGCGUGCGGAUGUCAAACAUCGACUGGCCCUUGCUCGCAAUGCGUUCAGAGAUGGGCGCCGCCGAUUGUUCGCGUGCAAGGACGUUCCCCUGAGCCGGCGUGCUAUCUUUUUCAAAACCCAUGUCCUGUCGACCCUCACUGCAGGGAUUGGGAGCUGGCCUGCUUUAGGCGAGUGUGAUUGGAUUCUCUUUUCUGGCGGUCUUUUAGGCCUGUACCGCCAACUCAUGGGACUCAGGGCCCAGGGGAAUUGGAAUCUCACUGUCUCCCAGAUCCUUGCAUCUACUGGGUUGCCGGCAGCGGACACUAUUCUUCACGUUGAGAGGCUUCGAUUCCUAGGCCAGCUUGUCCGACAUGGCCCGGAUGAGCUAUGGGCCUUGCUCGGCUGGUACACAGAUUACCAACGUGCUGUCAGAUCUGCCGGUGCCUGGCUCCUGCAGACUGGCGGCACAGCAGCCACCCUUGGUCCCAUUGAACACAACUGGGAGCGAUGGGCGUCCCUCAUGCGUGAUAGUCCUGGAAAAUGGAAAGGCCUUCUCAAGCGUGCGGAGGCCUGGUACGGUUGCCGGCACGAUCUCCAGGCCAGAUUUGACUAUAUUGUUAGGCAGCAAUGGGGUGCACACUCGCAGAGGGUCCACGGCUAUCGCCACCCAGCCACCCGCUUGGCAACAGGCGGUGCUUGCAGUUUCUUGAAUCACAAGAUUCUCCCGAAGGAGGAGGAGUUCUGUCGACCAUUGCGAUUGGCCUUGCAAAGCACUGUCUUCAACUCCGAUCAGGAAAUCUAUGAUGAGGUCGUGUCCCAUAUUGCCCCCCUUCCUGUCUUGCGCCACACUGUGACGGGGUGGAUGCGGGAGCUACAGAACGACGGUAUUCGACAAAUGGCUGCUGACGUCCUGCUAGUGCUUACUCCUGAGCACCUCUGCACGCGUCUCGCAGGCAAACAACUCGAGGUUCUUGCGCCUGUGCCGUCAUUUAGCCCUUGCCUCCGUUGCCCGCUUCUGCGGUGCCCCGCUCCUGCGGCACAUGCCCUGCAUUUCGGGAGGGUUGACACAACGUGGCGUCAGCGUUGGAAGCUUGAGGGUGUGACUCUUGUGCCUAUGACUUUGGCAGAUGUCCCUUUCUCUGCGCUCCGGUGUUACGCUGUCUCCGUGGAUUUCCCUGCUCCACCAGAUGACCACUUUCCCCUGCUCUUGCCAGCCCUUGGAUCCUUGAAGGCCAUGCGUAAAUACUGCGCGUGG